AAUACAUGUAUUUGCAAACAUUAAUUUGUUUAUCGACCAUAAAUCAAACUAUUGGUUCAAAUUCUAGCACAACAUCUAAUACAACAUCUAAUAAUUUUACAAUAUUACAUGUAUUUGAAAACAACAACAACCAUACAUACAAUUUGGUAAAUAAUACCAAUUUUAUCAAUAAAACUAAUGGCAUCCAAACAUUCGGUAAUAAAUUGGAAAAUCAAACGGUGCUGCAGAAUGUUAGCCAAAUAUUGAAUAUAAAUUGUUCAGUAAAUGACACUAUUAUUGGUAGUGAUAGUAAACAUGAGAUGAACACUGAAAACGGUAGUUAUGUUGGUUCACGUAAUGGCACUAAUAAUACACAAUUAAUGUCAUCAUCAAACUUAAUGAAUAGUAAAUUGGAUCUCUUAUCAAAUAAUAGUAGUGAUAAUAUCUAUAAUAGUAGUACUAGUGAUGAUAAUAACCAUACAAUUGUUAAUGGUACUGGUACAUUUGACCAUUUAAUAGGCAUAAAUAAGAUUCAUCGCAUCUAUACUAGAAUUAAAGCUUUUGUAGACAUGAGUAAUGGGUUUGGAUUAAAGUUAUAUCAGUUUAUGUGCGAAGUCUAUCCAAACUUUUUAUUUUCACCGAUAAGUAUAUCAGUAAUGAUGGCAUUACUAUUGCGAACAUCGUCUGGUCAGUCAUACAAUGAAAUACACGAUGUCUUACAAUUAAAUGUCAGUUAUCAUAGUAUUGAUAACAUACAAGAACUGGAGGAAUGCGUUGAGAAUGUCCUAAACUAUUUGCAGACACCAAUAGCUACAGAAUCGAUGGCCAACAAUGAAUUGAAGUUAAAUAACAGAAUCUGUUUAAGAGAUGGCACUAAAAUCAUCACUAACUUCAUGUCUGACGCAGACAAGUAUUUUGCAGCUAAAAUCAAAGCAAUCAAUUUCCGAUUGGCCCGAAACAUAACUGACCAGAAAUUGGCCAAAUGGUUGGAAAACAGUACCCGAUCGCAGCUAAUAAGUCAUAAGAUUAGGUUAGACCCCCUUCGUGAAGACACAGCUAUGCUAGUAAUGAGCAAUCUAUACAUGAAUGCCAUUGACUUUAGCAAUGGUUUAUUCAUCAAAAGUGAUUUUUUCGCAUUUGGUUGGCGUCCUAUAAAAACAGAGUACAUUCAAUGGACAAAGUUAGCCAAUAUAACCACCAGUGCGCGCCUCAACAGCUCAAUACUGAAAAUACCUCUCCAGUCGGAUACGGUUACGGUUAACAAGAAAUUUGAGCUAAUUAUAGUACUACCCAACCAUAAUCAUAGCUUAGAGUCAACCGAAAGACAGAUAUUUUCUACACCUAACAUACUGUUUAAUGAGUUAAAUAAUAUGACGGCACGGGUAGUCAAUGCAAUGAUACCGCAAUCGUUUAUAGUAAGCAAUUGUCUCAGAUUGGACCGCAUAUUACCACAUAUUGGUGUUAAAUCAGUGUUUCAAUCAGAGACCAGUCAACUGACCAAAUUAACCGCCGAAAACCUGUAUAUUAAUCGUAUAUAUCACGAGUCGUACUUUGAAUUCAAAAGACCUAAUAAUAAUAACCCUAUAUUUCACGGCUCGAUAAACACAGAAUCGACAGGAAGUGAAAAACAAGUUUCCAUAGAAUCAGAAUUCAUAGCAAACCGACCCUUCAUUUAUAUGAUCAUUGAAACCAAUUCAUCAGCACUUAUAUUAAUGGGUCGAAUAACUAUCAUAUAAACAAAAUUAUUGUAUUUUAUUUUUUAUUAAUU